GGGAGCCUCAGCAUCUCCCAUCCCGUGGGUGACUUCAUCACAAAGGACCAGGGCGGCGCCCGCUGGCUCCUGGGGCGGCUGUUGCCGGGCAACAGAGACACUAUAUUGUCCCCUGUCACCUGUGCCCCUCGCCCAUUUGGUCACUGGCCGUGGUGGGAUCACUUGCCGUGGUGGGAUCACUGUGGUGGUGGACUCAUUUUGGCAGUUGGAUCGCUUUUGGUGUUGGGAUCGCUCUUGGUGGUUGCAUCACUUUUGGUGGUGGGAUCGCUAUUGGUGGUUGAAACACUUGUGGUGGUUGAACCGCUUUUGGUGGUUGAACCACUUCUGGUGGUGGGAUCGCUCUUGGUGGUUGAACCACUUCUAGUGGUUGAACCCCUUUUGGUGGUUGAACCAGUUCUGGUGGUUGAACCGCUUUUGGUGGUUCGAUCACUUUCGGCACUUGGAUCUGUUUGGUGACUGGAUCACUUUCAUCACUCGGAUUGCUUUUGGAGGACCUGGGCUUUCUGGGCCCUGCUGGUGGCUGAAGCGAUGGCUGCCAAAGAUGAAGAGGACCUGCCGGCCUAUUUCCUCAAGCAGUACAGGCAGAACCUCCUGCCUUUGCUCAGGAAACACAGGCUGACAGAGGAGGGCUCCCUGUCUCCAUUUGUUCGCCUCCAGGAGAAGAGGAAAGAAGCCAAGCAGGUGCAAAAGGCUCUGGAGGAGAAGCGAGAGGAAGAUGAUAAGCUGCGAGUCCAAGCUCUGAAGAAAGCCAUGAGAGAAAGAGAGCAGAAAACACAAAAGGAGAUGGAGCUUGUGAGGGCUAAGAAGAAGCUCGAAGCCCUGAAAAAGGAACACCAGAAGCUGAGCAAGGAAGUGCAGAAGUACUCCAUCUUCAAAGAAUACCUGGAGGACGUGGUGAAGAUCUCACCACAGUUUGAGGACAUCCAGGACGUCAUUUCCCGCUACAAGCUGCUGGUGAGGACGCGCAAGGACCUGCAGCAGUCACAAGAGAAGGACAAGGAAAUGAUUAAGCAAACCAAGGUGCUCCUGGACCGGUACGAGGCAGAGAAAGAAGCUGAGACCCUGCAGUACCAAAAUGAGCUGGAGCAGCUCCAACAACGUUUUGCGCAGGCUCAAAGUGAUGUCCGCUCCUGGACUGCUCGCUGGGCCGACAUCCAGAACAGGAAUGUCAAGAAUAGCCUCAUGCUGACGACUAUGAAGAUGGCCAUCCACAACCUCUUCCAGUGCGUGAACACGCAGCUGAAAGCAAAAGUGCAUGUGCCGAAGGAUGACAGCCUCAGACAGCUGGACAUGGUAGAGCCAAGCCAGACCCCCCUCCCUGCCCAGAAAGAGGAGCAGUAAUGACCCUCAGCUGCCCAAAGGGAGGGGAAAGCCCAGAGAAAUCAAGAUUCAGCAGUCUAUCCUAGACCUCAAUGACAUCGUUACGGAGGUGAAACGAAGGACAUGGAGAGCCACCGGCGAGCAGCUAAGCACGAGCAUUAAGGGCAAGAGGAGGACAGAGAGCCCUAGGGAUGUUGUGUUACGUCCGUGAAGGUUCCAAACCUUCCUAGCUCUUUUGUCCUGCCCAGUUGCUGAGUCCCUUUCAUACGAUUAAAAUAACCAAAGAUUUUGAA